AUGAAUACUCACUCCCAGACAUACUCCUCUGUGGCUAACAGAUCUUAUAAGGAAAGAGUGCUCCAGCUGAGUAACAAACUUGAAACCUUUAUGAAAUCAAUCAAGGAUGAUGGCUCUGGUGUUGGUUCUCAAGGUGGCAACAAGCGAAACCAGAUCCAGGAGAAGAAGAUCAAUGACCUCGAUGACCAAAUUCUUAAAUGGCAUGAAAACAAUAAUACUCAGUUCGAUAGUAUUCAGGAAAAACUCACCAAGAUUUUUAAGAAUAUCGCACAAAUUAAGAAUGAGAGGGAAGCAGAGCUGGCAGAGUUGAAAAAUCAAGACAAUUCCUCUCCUGAAAUGUCUGUAUCAGACUCACAUACAUCCAUCAGCACUCUUUCAGGGCCCUCAGUGAUGUGAAGAAGGAUCCUUGACUUGCUUGAUAAACAAUCUGAUGACAGAAGAGAGACUGAAAAUAAACUAAUGGGCCUUCUUGAUGAAAAAGCGACCAAACUUAGAGGUGAAAUUGCACAAGAGUCUAAAGCGAGGUUUGAGUCGAUAGACUCUUUGAAGUACACUGAUCAUUUCGCGCAUGAUUAUACCCAAUUUGAUGAAGUCGAUAAUGAAAUUAUGAAACGUAUUGAAGACGAAACCUCCAGAUUCGAUGAAUCCCUAGAUGAUCAAAAAGCCUCACUUGCUGAAACAGAAAAAGCGAUGAACGAGAUUAUUGUUGAUAUGAGUUCCAAAAUUCAAAAAGAGAUUGAAGACGAGAAGAAAAUCAGAGAAGAAAACGAGGAAAUGCUUCUUGGUUUACUUGAAAAUACCUGUGACAAAUUGACACCUCAAGAAGAAUAAUCAUCAAAUUUUGAAAAGUUCAAACCU